AUGCUGGACAUCAAAGAGGGUAAAUUGGGCGACCGCACGCAUGUCGACGAUCCUCCACGACUGAUCAAGUAUUAUCUGCGUGAUGACAAAAAUGUUUGCCCAACGCUCUUCAACAAUGUUCGAAAGGUCGGCAACCCAUACCCGAAGGGUUCAACAGAGAAAGAUCCUUUUGCACUCAAUGUGGGCAUUGCCAAAGACAAGCAAAUUCCAGAGAAUCUCUUGCAAACGAGCCCAGGUGAACUCUUCGAGGAAGCAAUUGGGACAUUCAUUGCAUAUGUGAAGAAGUAUCUCGAUGCCUACAUUGACAAGAAGACCCCGAUGCCUCGUGAGGCCGAGGAGAAGCUAUGGAAACUCCUGAUGAAAUGUGAUAAGAUGAGUGUUCGCCAGUUCUUACGCACAAAGGGAAAGGUUCCCGGCUUCCCUGACGACAAGGAUGUUCCCAAAGGUCCAGGCUUCAGCUACAACACCAUCCAAUGGCUGGAGACUGCCACUUAUGGCACUAGCUGGUACGAUCAAAGUCUUACCGAGGCCGUUCUGGAGAGCAUCGACUUUUACAUCACCGACGAUAACGCAAAGGCCAAAGAGAUCAACGACAACUGGUUUUGCAUCGACGGCGGCGCUCAGAAGAUUGCGGAAGAGAUGCGCAAGAAGAUGAAGAACCAAUCGGCUAUCAACUUCAACACCCAGGUCGUGGGAAUGGAUGCUAACUUAGAACUCAACGAGCGAGUGACAAAGUCCAUGACCGUGAUGCUGCGGGAUAGUGUCACCGGUAAAUCUCUGCGUCCAAGAGACUACUUCACGGUGUUCAGUUCGGCAACGUUAGGGUCGAUGAACCGAAUGGAUCUCUCCAAAGCUGGUCUGCUCUGGGAUACCAAACAAGCUAUUCGCUGCUUGGGCUACGGAGCUUCCUGCAAGGUCGGCAUCAAGUUCAAAACCCCCUGGUGGCAGAAGGAGCCGUACAACAUCGACCAAGGUGGCCUUGCCCGUACAGAUCUUGCUCCCCAAGUCUGCGUGUACCCUUCUUACAACAUCAAUAAGGACGUCGAUCCGCGGGACGAGCCUGCAGUUCUUCUCGUCUCCUACACCUGGGGACAGACAGCCCAGCGCCUGGCUAGUCUUAUUGCAUCAAAGUCGCGCGGCAAGUCCAACGCGGACAUACUCAAAGAAGAAACUGAGCUGAAGGAAGUCAUGCUCCGAGAUCUCGCCUUCUUGCACACACACGACCAUAACGACAAGAAAAAACUCGAUGACACUCUGGAAGAGCUCAACAAGCAGUAUUUGGAACACCACGCUUACGACUGGUACCAUGAUCCCCACAUGGCUGGAGCAUUCGCCUACUUCGGCCCCAGCCAGUUCAGUGAGCUGUACCCGGCCAUCACGAAACCUAACGCAGGUGGUCAACUGUACUUUAUCGGCGAAGCAGCUUCUGCACACCACGCUUGGGUUGUUGGCGCGCUUGAGAGUGUUGUGCGGGCACUCUACCUCAUGUUUGAUGCUUUGCACCAGGGCAGCAGGAACGACCCCGAGAUGAAGGACACAUACCAGGCAUACAAAUGGGCCAUGGACCUUCUCGAGUUUGGUUACAUCAAGGACCAUCCAGCCAAGGGGGAGAAGUCUGCAACCACAACUGCUGCGCCGAGUCCCCUGCCAUUCUUUCCGCUGCCUGCCGAGAUGCCACGGCGCCGCAGAAAUUUUGAUAACCUAAAUCUCAAUGAGCCUGACGACUCUAGCGACAAGGGCGAUUUCAAAACUGUUGGGGUUCACCCAACAAGUUCUAGAUCUGCAACGACUUUCGAGAGGCCUCAUGACCUUCCGUUCAGUGAGAGUGUUCGGGCCGACGUCUAUGCUCAACCUCCCCCGGAAAAGAUCGUGGAAAUAGCCAGUUCUCCGACGAGAGGGGAAUUCUCAGAUCACCCAGCCGUGAAAGGCACUGGAGAGGUGCAGCUCACGUAUGGCGCCGCACUUGUUGCUCUGAGUACGGUCGAGUCGGCUAUAUCGACUUUGGCUGAAUUGAAAGAGGAAGAGUUGAAAGAUCAGUUAAAGAAGAUAUCGGAGGAGACGGAAUCUACGUAA